AUGAGUGGUGCGCAAGGGCGCGUGCCUCUGUGCCCGGUGACGCUCGUCCCGGGCCCGUCGUUGGUGUUUGAUGAUGUCUAUGAUAACGGCUCGCCGUCGCUGCGGCAUGUCGUGCUGCGCAACCCGACCGCCGCGCCGCUCGAGGUGUCGCUCGGCGGCCAGGACGGCGUGCGGUGGGCGCAGCUGCGUGCGAAUGUGCCGCUGCCCAGUCUCCUGCUGUGGGACAGCGACGGGGCGAGCAAUACGGUGCCGUGGGCGCGUGCCGACGGCCUCUCGCCCGCGCACCUCCGCGCGCUGCGGCACAUGGCCGCGAACCUCGAGACGGUUUCUUCCCUGGCGCUCGGCGCGGGCGAGGAGCGCGUGCUGUACGUCGAGGUGCGCGUGCGCGAGCUUGGAAACGACCGCAGCAGCGAAAAGCACGCGCUGCACGCGACGCUGCGCCUCGCGACCGACGGGACGCAGACCGAGGUGCCGGUCCGCGUGACGACCGCCGCGCCCGACUUUGCGCUCGAGUCGGUGGGCGACGGGGCGCCGCAGCGCGAGCGCACGCUCGUGCUCGAGCUCGGCGACGUGGUCGUCGGCGCGCCGGUCGCCCGCGAGGUCGUCGUGACAAACGCGUCGGCGCUCGAGUGCUUUGCGCAGCUCCAGCGCCCGGACGACGCCGAGGGCGACGCACGCGACCCGGUCGUGUCGGUGGUCGACGCGGCGAGCGGCGCGCCGUGGCCGCUCGUCGCCGCGCAGCCCUCGAGCUCGGCGUACGCGCCAGUGGCGCUCGCGCCGCACUCGUCGCGGCGCCUCGCGAUCGAGCUGCAGCCGCGUGCGUCGUGCGCCAACUACGAGCAGACGCUCACGCUGGUCAACCUGCACGCGCAGGCCGAGUCGCUGCGCAUCCUCGUGCGCGCCAAUAUCCUCGCGGCCGCCUCCGACGAGGCGCUCGCGGUGCUCAGCGAGAGCCCGCUCGACUUUGGCGACUGCUGCGGCGGGCAGUGGACGCGCCAGCUGCUCAUCCUCAAAAACACGGCCGACGUCCCGCUCGACGUGCGCUUCCAGACGGAGAAGCACGUCGAGGCCACCUUCCAGCUCGCCGAGCUCGCGCCGGCGCGCGACAGCGCCGACGAGGACAUGGUCGGCGACGACGACGUCCCGCUCGGCGGCUCGUCGACCACCGCCGCGGCGCACCGCCCGGUGGAAGACGCACGCACGCCGCUCGUCCAGGCGCACUCGGGGCCGGACGUUGCGCCGCUCGAAGGCUCGCUCGGCCUCGGCCUGCCGCCGCUCGUGAGCGGGGUGCCGCGCGCGGGCUCCGACACCACCUCGUCGAACGCGUCGCAGGCCGGCUCGCGCGUCGCCUCGCCCGAGCCGGUGCACGAGAGCGCGAGCAGCGAGGCGGAGCGCUCGGUGGCGGCGAGCGCGCCGACGGCGAGCAUCGCCCCGUCGCAGGACACGAGCUCGCUGCCGAGCAGCGGGAGCGCACAGCGCGAGCCGUCGCGCCUCGCAUCCUACUCGGUGAGCGCCUUGACGUCGCACCACGGCCGCGCGCCGCUGCGGCGCAUGCACGACCCGGUGGCGAUGCUGCGCGGCGCUGGCGAGUCGCAGCACAACCAGGUCGAGGAGCUCGUGCUCCGGCCCGGCGCACAGUACCGCGUCGUGGUGUCCUACCGGCCGCCGCGCGAGGAGGUCGACGAGACGUACAGCGCGGGGCGCCUCAAGCAGCUCACCUUUUCCAUCUUUUUGGACUAUGCGCGCUUCAGCGACAAUGCGCGCGCGCACGGCGGGCGCCAGCGCCGCACGAUUUUGUGCCACACACGCACCUGCACGCCGUUCAUCUCGGUCAACCCCAAGAUUGUCGAGUUCGGCAUGGCGGGCGUCGGCACGCGCAAGACGGCGCAGAUCGCCGUGACGAACCACUCGGAGCUGAGCACGCGCGUGCUGAUGCGCUUCGUGUCCAAGGUGCUGAGCAUGUACAUGGACGAGAUCGCGAUCCCCGCGCGCCAGACGAUCGAGGUCAAGAUGGACUUUUUUCCGCGGCGCGUCAACGAGGCGUACAGGAAGCAGAUCACCGUCAUGAAUCUGCUCAAUCGGCACAAUGACCAGAUCUUUGAAGUGCGCGCGCGCAACGUCGAUCUGCAGCGGGUGUCGUUCCACUCGCUCUUCUACCGCAUCCUCACCCCGAGCGGCUCCAACUACAUCGACUUUGGCGACGUAAACAUCCACUCGUCGCGCGUGCGCAGCUUUGCGAUCGAGAACCUCUGCGAAAAGCGGCUCGCGCUCGAGAUGAGCGUCGCGCAUCCCGAGGACCUGCAGCUCUUUGUCAAGGCGCCGCAGCUCAAGUCCGUGCAAGAGGCACACAACAACGACGAGGAGCCGCGCCGCGCACGCUCGGGCACCGAGCGCAAGGAGCGCUUCCUCGAGACAAUCUCGACCGACGCCUCGACGCUCGCGCGCAAGGAGCUCGUGCCCGAGGCCAAGCGCCCGGCAAAGCGCGACGAGUCGCGCCCGCCCAAGCCCACAAACCUCGUCCAGGCGCUCAAGAGGGGCGGGCGGGGGCGUGUGACGUACCGCCACGGCGCCGCCGUCGCGUUCAAGGACCGCACGCUCCUGCACCCGCUCGAGUACCUCGACCUGGCAAGCGGGCCGCCAAAGGACGCAAGCCGCCUCUCGGCCAAGUCGCGCAAGCAGCAGCGCAUCCAGGCGCAGGGCGAGCCAGAGCGCCCGACGCCGCCGCGCACGCCACGGCGCGCGCCGACCCCUGCCGAGCGCCUCGGCAGCGAGUCGCGCUCGCUCAGCCGCCCGGCGAGCCGCGCAGAGUGCGGCUCGCCGGUGCGCGCUAAGGCGAGCCCGGCGCUGACGGCCAAGCUGCGCACGCUCCCGCUGCUCUCGAACCCGGUCGACGUCGCACACCUGAACCUCGACGAGCUGGUCGCGGCGCUGGUGAACCAGUCGCCGACGCUCUCGACCUUUUUCCUGCGCGGCCUCGAGACAGAGGAGCGGCUGGUGCGCACCGAGAUCAACCUCCAGCGCGCACUGCGCGAGGCGAUCGAAAGCGGGCAGCUCGUGCCGAUCGGCAUGCUCGAAGUCCCGCCGCACGCCGAGAUGCAGGUCGUGGCCGUCUACACGCCGAAUGGCAGCACGCGGCCGCAUAUCCAGGGCAAUGCGCGCAAGCAGGACUCGCGCAUCUUUUUGCGCCUCCUCGAGUUUGACGCGCGCCGCGCGGCGAGCGUCCCGGAAUUCGCCGCGCUGCAGGCGCGCGACAUUGACGAGCUGCCGGUGCGCGACCUGAUGGUGCGUUCGCAGGUGUGCCGCAGCAUGCUGGAGCUCGGCCAGCCGCACAUCAACUUUGGCCAGAUGGACAAGGGCGACGUGCGCGAGCGCAAGAUCUGGAUCCAGAACCGCAGCGAGUGGGCGCUGCGCUACUAUAUCCGAAAGAGCGGAAGCAUCGCCAGUGGCGAUAUCCGCCUCGGCCUCGGGCGCUACGGCAUCGUGCCGGGCUACGGCAAGCGCGGCGUCGACUUUACCUUUUCGCCGUCGCUCUCGGGGCCGUUCCAAGAAAAACUGCUCGUGGAAAACAUUGCGGACCACGACAACGACCAGCCGGUCGUGCUCAAGGCGUCCGUGCGCAAGGUCGCCAACUUUGCCAUCGACCCGAGCUCGCUGCACUUUGGCACCUGCCGCGCGGGUCACGUCUCCAUGCCGGAAAGCGUGCUGGUGAGCAAUACCACAAACAAGAACCGCACGUUCUUGGUCAAGGUCGACGACAGCCUGCCGGCUGCCGUCCCGAUCGACGUGCUCGUCGCGACGUCGAGCGACACGGCGACACGCCGCGCCCUCUCGCGCGAAGAAGAGGAAGAGGUCGAGACACUCUUGCAAAAGCUCAAGAUCGCGUCGCGCAAGGGGAACGCCGACAAACUCGCCAAGUACCAAGACCGCCUGCAAAACCUCGGCGUGCCGAUUCCCAAGGUGGAUGGCGUAGAGGACGCGGAGGAUACAGAGGAGGCCAGCAUGGAGGAGGACGUGCGCCAUGACUACACACUCGUGUGGCCAGCAUCGCGCGCAGACGAUGCACAGACACGCACGUCCCUCACCUUGCAACUCGCGCCACAGCAGAGCCAGAAACUCUUGCUCCGCGUGCGCGUCCCGAGGGGGGCACACGCUAGUGCCGUGCACAUCGGCCUCAAGAUUCACGAGGCGAAAAAUAGCGACGAGACGCGCAGCGUCGCCGUGCAUGCACGCAUUGAGAUAUGA